AUGGCCGACUACGACUUACGACAAAUGAGUAGAGAGCCCUCUCAUCUGAGACAAACGGACCCAGAAGCAGGGGAUGCCAUUAAUCGCUCUCUCACAAGAAAUUCCCAUCUCAGCCACGCCAGUCACGCUAGCGCCAGCACCAGGUCUUGGGUUCAGUCGACACAACAGAAUCCCCCACCCCCUCCUCCUGUGGAACCUUUCCUCGAAACUUCUUCCAUCCGUCCGCCUCGUCCUCUCCCAAACCCAAAACUCCAUCCACAGAGAUUUCAUGCCGUUAACCCCACUGAGGGAUUUGACGAUGAGGAGGACGAAGAAUACAUGAACAUUGAACCAAAUGGGCCAGGGCUGGAACUUGGCUACCUUCACGGCGUAGGGAAAGGCCACAAACUCAAGACGUUUGGCUCAUUCUCGCAAACGGAUUCUGGAGGAGGAGGAGGAAAGUCAUUUGUCGGGGGGUUCGUCAGCGGCAUGAAACGAAUUCCGCGGAUGAUGCUGAGGUCCGGAGGAAGCGGCGAGAAGAGGAGGUUCUUUCGCAGAGGACCAACAUCCAACACGACGGAAAGUUCUACUGGUAUGACCACUGGAAAUACUCUUCCGCAAUACGCUUCGAACCCACCUACACCUGUAGCUGGGCUUCCGAACGUUAAAUAUGUUCAGGCUAUGGACAUGCCCACACCAAUGGCACCUAGCACAGAAGUCCUUGCCCCCUCUUUUUCUCCAGGCGCACCCAUCCCACGCGUUCGGGGACCUAGCUUCCGAGUAACCCCUCCUUCUGAAAGCAUCGCCAACGAAGAAAGCGCGCAGUUCUAUGACGAGCAUCCGGAACAAUAUGACAGUCGACCCCAGGUUUAUGACCAACAAUAUGCAAGUCGACCGCAGGUAUACGAAGACCGUCCCCUUGACCAGUCACACUUUGUGGACGAAGACGACUCCACCGCUCGUCCCCACACCAAGGGACGUAUCCCAACUGUCAUGAUGUAUCAGGACUCUCAAGAACCUCACCACAACGAUCCGCCACCUAUCCCAAUGGUCAUCCCAUCCCACUCCUCAGCACGUUCUCGCACACAUACUCCAUCUGCCCACACACCCUCGCGUUCCCGUGCCCAUACCCCAACACACACCCCAUCCCGAUCCCCAGCCAUCCCUCCAUUGAAUCUGGUUCCUACCAGAAGACAAACGGCACAGACGAACGACACUGAUCCAAACAUCCAAUCCCCCGCCGCCAACGCCGUGAGCGGGCACACACGCGACUAUCGCAAAAUGACUUUAUCGCCGUCACCCACAUCACGUAACACCGUAAUGACAACCGCCACAUCCUACUACGACCCCUCAUUCACCUCCGACCUCAGCCCCAUCGAAAGAUUCUUCAAAACCCUCUAUCACCUCCCCUGGAUCGCGCACGAGCGCGUCACCAUCGACUAUAGACCAGGCGAAGGCAGCCGCGCCAAACGGGAUGGGAAACGUAGGGUCAAAAAACCCAUGUCGUCUUGGUACCGCGACGUCAUGGCAAAGCGCAGAACCGCCGACCUAGAUCUCUUGAGCAGUGGUUCAACAUCAAUGAGAACCAGCGUAGGAACAAACCUAACACUCGGAUCACCCAUGUCCCCCGUCUCAGGCCGAAGCAGCAAACGCACCUCUCGCGAGCACCACCACCACCACCACAAGAAAUCAACAGGCCAUCGACGACACAAACCCCGUCGCUCAACAGAGGGAGAAGAACCACCCAGAUCAGCAAGCCCCAUCAUACCCACUGCCUAUCCCUACGCAUACCCCUCGUACCCAUAUGCAUUUCCCGCAUAUAUGCCCCCACCACCACCACCACCACCUCCACCUACACACAAAUCACCCCGCGGCCCACGGUCGCAUCGUCAAGCAACGACGCAUCCAGCUGGAUACGUGCAGUACCAACCCAUGCACGCACCACUACCCCCUCCUGUGCCUCAGACGCAGAUGUAUGUACUGCAGAGUUCACCUACGAUGACGCAGACGAGUGUGGAGGGCCAGAUGCAGCAGGGACAGAUUUUGUCCCCUGUUUAUAUGCAGGUUGUUCCGGGUGCUUAUAGCCCGGACAAUAAGGUGACAAGUCCUCCUCAGGCUUCGAGUGCUGGAUGA